AUGAUUGACGAGGAAAAGAAAACCUCGUCGACAACUUCUCCACCGGAUUCCAAUGAGCUGGAUAAUCUCGAAGCUCUUGGAUAUACCGAAGAGCUUCAACGAAACCGAUCGUUGUUUACUCUUCUUUUUCAAUCGCUUGCAAUUGCCGCAAUACCUUAUGGAGAAGGUGGGCCGCUGAUUAGUGCUAUAUAUGGAGGAGGUCAGCUUUCCAUAUUUGUUGGCUGGAUCGUGGUUCUUAUUCUAGAUGAAUGUGUGGCUUUAUCAUUGAGUGAACUAGCCUCGAGGUAUCCAACCUCGGCUGGACCUUACUAUUGGUCUUUUCAGGUAGCAAAGAGACACAAGACCAUACUCUCGUUUAUCACAGGUUGGGUAUGGCUCAUUGGAAAUUGGACAAUCACAUUAUCCGUCAACUUUGGAUUUGCUUCGCUGAUAUCUGCAACUGUUGCUAUGUAUCAUCCGGAUUUUGUUGCAUCUAGCUGGCAGCUUACUCUCAUAUUCUAUGCCAUUUGUCUCAUCACACUAGUAAUAUGUACAUUUGGCAACCGAUUCCUCCCUAUGGUUGAUACAAUAUGCGCUGCUUGGACGGCCAUUAGUAUCCUCAUCAUUCUCAUCGCUCUUUCAGUCUCAGCAAAAGAAGUUCGACAUAGUGCUAGCUAUUCUCUUGGAAAUUACGAUACCUCUUUCGCUGGAUGGGGAGGCUUCACUUUCUUCAUCGGUCUUCUACCAGCUGCGUAUACCUUUUCUGCAAUUGGCAUGAUCUCCUCGAUGGCAGAAGAAGUUUCCAACCCCGCGAUCAAAGUCCCAAAAGCAAUAGCACUAUGCGUUCCUGUUGGCGGAAUAGCUGGUCUGUUCUUUAUCGUCCCUAUCUGUGUAACGAUGCCACCUCUCGCUGAUGUCAUUGGUGCACCUAAUGGUCAAGCGAUCCCGUACAUCUUUCACAGGGUCAUGGGCUCUCCCGGAGGCGGCCUAGGUCUUACAUUUUUGGUACUUAGCAUUACUAUGUUCUGCUCAAUUAGUAUCACAACCGCCGCAUCACGCUGUACCUGGGCAUUCGCUCGCGACCAGGCAAUUCCCGGCUCUAAAAUUUUCUCAGUUGUCAACAAAUCUUUAGGUGUACCAGUAAAUGCUCUCAUAUUUGUCACUAUUGUUCAAAUGCUCCUAGGUCUCAUCAAUCUCGGCAGUAGCAGUGCCUUUACUGCCUUUGUUUCAGUAGGCGUCAUAGCACUUUCACUUUCGUACGCUAUCCCAAUUGGCUUAUCAUUACUAUGGAAUAAAAGACGAGAAGUAUCUCACGCACGUUGGAACUGCGGGCGUAUGGUUGGAACAACUGUGAAUGUCGUGGCCUUGGUAUGGAUUGCAUUUGAGGUGGUUUUGUUCAGUAUGCCAACAGCAUUACCUGUUACAAAAGUGUCAAUGAAUUAUGCAAGUGUGGUGUUAGUGGGCUUUAUGGCAAUAGCGGCAGUUUGGUAUGCUGCUUAUGCUAGGAAAGUGUACAAAGGACCACCAGCUUCAGAUGGGUUGUGA